UUUCAUGAGGAAUUAGGAAUAGCUAAGUCUUAAUGUCUAAUUUUCCCUUUAUAUUAGCAAAUAAUCAAGGAAUACCUAUUCCGUAAAAAAGGAAAGAAAAAAAUUUCCCCAAUCAACCCCUAGUUUAGUAGAAAAUUUUCAACAUUAAGACUUAGCUAUUCCUAACUUCCGAAAGAAGUUUCUUAAAUUUAACUUGUUUUUAUAGUUUGACCAAUGAAUAACUAUUAGCAACAACCAAACAUGACCAAGAAGUUUUGCCCGUACUUCUCCUUUGGUUAAUGAAUUAACUGCUUGAGAGUAAAAUAUGCCUUUGGGUAGAAAUAGGAAAUGUUUAAUGUUAUAAGCUUUUCUAUCUUCUUUAUUCAUUUAUGCCAAAUAAUGGAAAUCCAACCUUGUCAGCUUUUCUUGUAGCCUUGGUAAAUUUACCCAAGAAAAAAGUGAUUUAUUUGAUAUUAUGAAUGACUGGUUAUGUAGGGACCGUUUCGUUUUCGUAGGUUGGGGCAGCCUAAUGUUCUUUCCUAGUGCCUAUUUCACUCUAGGGGGUUGGUUUACAGAAUCCCACUUUAUAUUUCUGAACCUAAUAUCCACCCCCACGGGAAUCCAUUGUGUUUGCAAAUGUCAUAGUUGAAAAUUGUCACUUAAGAAAUUGAUGUUGCAUUGAAUGAAGAGUACCGUAUCAUUCCAGGUAUGGGUGAGUUUGGAGAUCGUUACUUUGGAACAGAUGACUGAUCCAUUUUUGGCGAGUACAGAUUGUUCCCAGUAUGUCUUCCACAAUAUUCUGAAAAGACAAUUGGGCUAUUGGUUUUUAACCAUGUAAACCAACUGCCAGCUAAGCCCGGGGACAGCAUCAAAUGUUUCAAGCUUUCAGCGUAAGUCAAGUACAAUAAAUGAAUUUCGAAUCAUUGGUUGCCUUCAUGCUUCUUUAAAUUCUUCUUUCUUUUAUGAUUAAUAUAAUGGAUAUUGUCAAUGUAUCAAAUCUGCUGGUACUUGAACUUAAUUUUUCUUGUGAAGAGUUGGAUGAUGUUUGCCACUAAACUUCUUCGUCUAUCUUCUUCAAAGCGAGCUAACUCCACUGAGACAAGCAUAUUUCAUGUCAUCGAUGAAUCGGAAAUGAGCAAGCCACUGGGAAUUCUUAAAGACCAAUGCCCCACAUCUCCCCAAAAUCCAGGGAGUAAUGCUGGCAUAAAGCCGCAUCUUGAUAAGUUUCCCUGAUGGAUCUGUCAGGCUUCUCUUAAUUUUUCAGAAGUGCAUCUCUCUCAGAUUUUAUGCAAUUCUCUUGAAGAUUGCCAUGGCAAGAUACAAGUCUGAUGUGCUUUAGCCUUUAGGGCCUUGGCAGAACAAUCCUGAUAGAAGUACAAAGGACAGAAACUGAAAUGGAGAUAUUACGUGAUGGAAAUUUUCCCCCUCUGUUCCCUUCUAGAUCAGCAGUCAAAGGUAACAUUUUAUAUUUGCUUAUUCAGUCAGAGCACUUAUUCACCAUUCCAUACGACGAUGGACUAAUUUUUUUUAUUUUGAGUAGAAUUCUUGACAUUCUGCCAAAUAGGUUCCUCCCGGGAUCCCCUCGCCGUCCCCAUCCCUAUACCUAUUAAUGGUGUAUAUGAGUCCCUGCUAAAUAUUAAAUUGUAAAAUUUAAC